AUGGCCACCCCACUGGCAAUAACCUAUUCCUCUCCUUGUUCUUUCCUCAGCUACUGCAUCUCCCGCUCCGCAGCUCGACAAUCCAUUCUCUCAUCUUUCCCUUCUUCAUACUCUUCUUCUCCACCUACAAAGGAUACUAUAAUAAUCUGCUCCACCCGCAGUACUUUCAUCCGAGAGAUCCUAGUCGACCUUAACAUCCCUCUAGACGACAUUCCACCUCUAAACGACACCCAAGAACUCUCCUCCGCUCAAAGGUUAAUCCUACAAACACCCAUCUCCGCACUUCUAACCACAGAUACUAUAUCACUGGUUUACUGUCCCACAAUCCACCAUUUGAGGGCAUACCUCUCUUCUCUUAGUAGUAGCAGUAGUAGUAGUAGCGGAGGCUGCAAUACAAACACUGCUAUUAAUACAUCCACACCCGUCCUGUCACAAUCAGAAAAAUAUCUCCAAAGACCAUACCUAGCAAUCCACUCCCUCCUACCCCUCCACCACCUCUCGACCGAAUGGUCUUCUCAGGGACUUUCUCGGACUUUAUCGUCGAUAGUCUCGACUACGAUAUCGACUUCAAGGUGUUUGUUACUAUCGAUAUCGGAGACUUCUGUUACUUUUGGGAUCGCUGCUGAGUUGCCGUUGAUAAAUUCAAGGAUGAUGAGGAAUAAUAAUAAAAAGAAGGGGUUUUAUGGAGGUGAAGGGUUUGAAGAGGAAGGAGAGGGUGGGGAGACGGAUUUGAGGUUUGUGGGGAGGGUUAGAGAUGUUUUGAAAAGGUGGUGUAGAGUUGUUGGGGUUCGGGAGGUUAUGGAUGGUGGAGGGGAGGGGGGGGAGGAAGAGGAUGGUGAGGAGAUGAUGGUUUAG